CACGUUCCGUUCACCCCUCACGCACGCACUCUGCGCCUGCCCCUUCCCGCCUCCCUCCGGCGGCCACCGCCAGGGGCCGCUGUGGCACCCGCCCCUCCCGCUUCCUUGGGCACUUCCCGCUGCCCCACUCUUGUCCAAGAUGGCGACCGCGGCGCUGCUUCGAGGCGCCACUCCGGGGCGAGGCGGCCCGGCCUGGCGCUGGCGGCUGCGCGCGGUCCCAAGGUGCCGCCUGGCCCACAGCUCCUGCAGUCCUGGUGGCGACUCAACGGCCGGAGCGGACUGGGCCUGCUUCCGGCUGGACGGGCGCACCCUGCUGCGCGUGCGCGGCCCCGACGCGGCGCCCUUCCUGCUAGGGCUGCUGACCAAUGAACUGCCGCUGCCGAGUCCCGCGGCCGCGGGGGCCCCGCCUGCUGCGCGCGCGGGCUACGCCCACUUCCUGAACGUGCAGGGCCGGACGCUGUAUGACGUCAUCUUGUACGGGCUCCAGGAACACUCGGAAGUGUCUGGCUUCCUCCUGGAGUGUGACAGCUCCGUGCAGGGCGCGCUGCAGAAGCACCUCGCGCUAUACAGGAUCCGGCGGAAGGUCACGGUGGAGCCGCACCCGGAGCUGCGAGUGUGGGCGGUGUUGCCCAGUUCCCCUGAGGCCUGCGGGGCUGCAUCGCUGCAGGAGAGGGCAGGGGCUGCCGCCAUCCUCAUCCGCGACCCGCGAACAGCACGCAUGGGGUGGCGGCUCCUCACCCAGGAUGAAGGCCCAGCCCUGGUGCCCGGCGGCCGGCUCGGGGACUUGUGGGAUUAUCACCAGCACCGAUACCUGCAAGGCGUUCCUGAGGGGGUCCGAGACUUGCCUCCUGGGGUGGCCCUGCCCCUGGAGUCCAACCUGGCCUUCAUGAAUGGCGUGAGCUUCACCAAAGGCUGCUACAUUGGCCAGGAGCUGACGGCCCGCACCCACCACAUGGGCGUCAUCCGCAAGCGCCUCUUCCCUGUCCGGUUCUUGGACCCCCUUCCCACCAGUGGCAUCACCCCUGGUGCCACGGUGCUGACUGCCUCAGGACAGACUGUGGGCAAGUUCAGGGCUGGCCAGGGCAACGUGGGGCUGGCCCUGCUGUGGUCAGAGAAGAUCAAGGGUCCUCUGCACAUCAGAGCCUCUGAGGGUGCUCAGGUGGCCUUAGCCGCAUCUGUGCCAGACUGGUGGCCUACGGUCUCCAAGUAGUCUGAAGCCUUGGCUGGCGCAGGCUGAUGGGGAGGCUGGGGCCUGGGGCCUUUGGCCUCUGUCCAGGGUCUUCCCGUCCCAUCUGUCUGCUGCGCCUACUGGGUGGGAGCCCUGGUUUCCAUCUGGGAAAGUCCCCCUUGUAGGUGCCCUGCCUGGCCCCACCCAUGCUCAGGGGCCCCAGGCACGUGGGUUGUUUUCUCCCUGGACUUCCUGUGGCCCCAGAGGAGCCCACCGUGUGAGUGCUGGGCUCCAGAUGGCGCCGGGUCCCAAUCGUGGCUCCACACAAGGUUGUCUGGGAGGACGGGACGGUGUCUCUGGCCAGCACUGGCAGCUUCCGGGCCUUGUACCCUACUCUGCCUAGCAUGAGCCUCAUGGGGGGUUGGUCCCUGUGCCUGGAAGCUGGGCGGUGUCCAGGGUCUGCAGGCUGGGGCUCGGGCUUUGGGAGUUGUUUCACUGUGCUUGCUUCCAGCAUGUCUCAGGGUGGGGCUAUGCGUGGUCUAGAGGGGUCUGGGGCAUUGGAUCAGGUGGCAUGUGGGUGUCUACACAUCAAAGAGCACACAGGGAUGAGCCACUAGGUAUCCCAUGCUGGAGGCUUGUGGAAGGCUGUGCCCAUCUCCCAUGUUUCCCCACCUCUGUUCCUCCUCAGAGCCCUCCAGGAGCGUGGGGUGGGGGCCAGCGCAGGGCUCAGGAGCCAGCAGGGCAGAGUUCUGCCUGUGUGUGCUAGGUUUUGGCAUAGCCUGUGUUUGCAGUGAGAGUGACUUGCUGUCAGUCACGGGGCACAGCCUCCUGUUCACCCACUGGCUUCCCCCUUCCCACUGAAGUGUGAGCUCUAUGUUUCAGGGCAUCUAUUAAAGAGUGAGCCACAGGCAGCCCCUUGGGAGCUCUGGUUUCAUUUGGGGGAGAGGGAGGUUGGGGGCUUAGUUUUUGUGAUCUGGCUGACUGGACCCCGGGAACAGCGCUCCUUUGAGAACGCCCAGACCUACCAGAUGAAGCACUUGGCAUGGCUGCAGGCCAGCAGGGGAGGCCUCAGAGGCCCAGGCUGGGCGCGUGGGUGCCGAGUCUGCAAAGGACAGCCCCAUGGCUGUGAGCUGUCGGCUGCAGGGCGCAGGGCCUGGGGGGCAGGCGUUUGGGCCACCAAGCUGGACGUUAGGGUGGCCACAGAGGGCCAAGCAGGCAGGGAGCCUGUGCUGCCAUCCUGGGGGGCCACAGGUGCUCUCUAGAAAUCUGCAGCCAUGGCGGUUUUGGGGUCAGGGGUCUAAAGGCAGCUCUGAGCUGCAGUGUAGUUUGUGAUCACCUAGGAGGAGGGUGUAGAGCGGAUGGACAGGAGGAAGCGGCUGCAGCUGGAGGGAAGAGAAGGGCCGUCCAGCCUCACCCGCUGCAGUCAGCUCUCCCAUGGGCAAGGAAACAGCUAGGUGGCCCUGACCCCUGCGGUCCUGAGAGCCGGUGGCCUUCAGCCCCUCUUGGACAGGUCAUGGUCUGGAAGUGCCCAGCGCAGGAUGGAUUCCAGACCAGCAUCCCUGCAACCUUUUCAGCCCCACUGGCUGCUGCUUUAAACUGGCAUGGAGACAUUUGAUCAGCUUCCCGGCCAGUUUUCUCUCCAGCUCAGCCAGGAGUGGGUGCCUGUGGCCUGUGUCACCAAGAGCUGGUGUCUCCUGCAUGAGAGGCAUGCACCCCUGGAAUGAGGGUCUGUGCCUUGAGCUCAAAGUGUCCCGGCUCUGUCAUCUGCCUGAAGUUGCCUGGCUUUUCCAGCAGGGCCUCCCUGAGUGCUGCAGCAUCUGGGAGCAUCCUAGCCUGUCCCGUGGGUGUGGCUGGGUGAGGGCUAGGAGGUGAGCCAGGAAGGAAGCACUCCGCUCCAGAGUGAGGUGCCGCCUGAGCCAUCCUGUGCCCCCUCAGUGUCUUCAGGUCUCUGCAGGUGUCAGGAUCUCAAAAUACUUGGUUCAGAUCAAACACAUUUCGUGUUCUUCUGUGUCCUUUUUUUUUUUUUUUUUUUUUUUGAGAUGGAGUCUUGCUCUGUUGCCCAGGCUGGAGCUCAGUGGCACAAUCUCUGCCCACUGCAACCUCUGCCUCCCAGGUUCCAGUGAUUUUCCUGCCUCAGCCUCCUGGGUAGCUGGGACUACAGGCACAUGCCCCAUGCCCGGCUAAUUUUUGUAUUUUUAGUAGAGAUGGGGUUUUACUGUGUUGGCCAGGAUGGUCUCAAUUACAGGCAUGAGCCACUGUGCCCAGCCUCUUCUGUGUCUUUAAAAAGGAAAGUGUCAGUCAACAAAAGAGCCCCUCUGUCAUACAAACCAAGUCAGUUUUCACCAAAAUGUCCUUAGUCCUCUCAGAAAGGCCUGGCCUUUAGGACCUUGGAAGCAGGCCCUAAAGCGCAUCGGCAGGGUCAGAGCUUUGUGUUCAGGAACACUGGGAUCUGCUGAGAGCUGGUGUAGCCGCUCCAAAACUGCACACUGCUUUUCCUGUCUGCUUUAGUUUGUGUUGUAAAAACAUAGGAAGUUUGUGUGUGUGUGUGUGUGUGUGUGUGAAUUCAAGGCAUAAGCUGCAGUUGUGUUAUGUGGGUAUAGUGCAUGGUGGUGCAGUCUGGGCUUCUUACCCUCACACCUCCUGCCUCCCCUUGUUAGAGUCCCCCGCAUCCACCUUCCACUUUCUGAACCCACAUUGCCUGUUGGGCAGCUCCUGGUUGUGAGGCAGGACGUGUGGUGUUUGACUGUCUGUUUCUGAGCUGUUUUACUUAACACAGUGUAUAUGGUGCAUCUUUAGGAGAGCAUGCUUAUAUUUUCCUUUCAAAGCCAGAUAUGGGCGGGUGUGGUGGCUCAUGCCUGUGAUCCCAGCACUUUGGGAGGCUGAGGCAGGAGGAUUGCUUGAGCCCAGGAGUUUGAGAGCAGCCUGGGCAACAUAUCAAGACUCUGUCUCUUAAAAAAAAAAAAAUCAGCCAGGCAUGGUGGUCCACACCUGUGGUCCCACCUAUUCGGGAGGCUGAAGUGCGAGGAUCACUUGAGCCCAGGAGGUUGAGGCUGCAGUGAGCUGUGAUUGUGCCACUGCACUCCAGCCUGGGCAACAGAGCAAGACCCUGUCUUAAAACAAAGAAAGAAUAAAAAAGAAGAGAAGUUGCAGUUGGUAGUAUUUCCAGAGCCCGGCAGACAGUGUAGAAACUGUGAGAAACCCACCUCCAAAUCAGGCCUUAGAUAGAAAACAUCCUAAGAAGUAUACGUUCAUUGUAAAAUCAUUAUCGUCAUUAUCUUCUAAUCCCCAAGGAGACAAGCUCCCUGUUCUGUGUUCUUGUAUGAGGCGGUCAGUCAAGCGCAGCCCGAGAGGAGAGGCGGGAGCCCGGGAGAGCCUCUGCUAGACCUUUCCUGGCGCUUCCCCAGGAAAGGCAAGGCAGGGCAGAUGUGCGGCUGGCCAGCUGGAGUGAUUUCCAUGGGCUCCAAGCUGUAGGAGUGGUCCCUGGCUGCCAGAGUGCUCUGGCCAGAUAGAGGUGGGCUCUGGACUGGUGAGGCUGCAUCGCAGAGGCGUGCACACCAAGCUGGGCCCUUAUCUGUAAGGACUGGCUGGCCUGGGAGGGGCAGUCUCACAGCCAGAAGGUGGAAUUUUUUUUUUUUUUUUUGAGAUAUCAAAACAUCCUAAGGUACAGGAAAGAAAUUGUCAACACACACACAGUACCAUAAACAAGGCCCAGCAGAAAGGCAGACAGAAGCACACACACCAAUGUUCUGAUCUUAGAGUAAGCAGACACAUCACAUGGAAUGAGGAUGUUUAAUAUAUUUAAAGAAAACAAUUUAUGCACAGGAAGCAAGAGACUAUAAAAAUGACCAAGCAGAUUUUAAAAAGAGAACUUGUUGAAAUAAAAAUAAAAUACUCUAAAAAAUAAUCCAUGAUGUGUUUCCUGAAGAAUCGGGAACUGUUUGAAGAAAUGACCCCAAAGUGCAGCACAGAAAGACAGAGCUGGAAAAUAUGAGAUGGGAUGAGACAAGAAGAUGGAGAGUUUAGUAUGACAUCCGCAAUUUACGAGUAAUUCCAGAAGGAGGGGAAAGAGAAUAUGGGGUGGAGGCAAGUAUUCAGAGAAAUACGGCUGAGAACUUUCCCAAACCGACAGGAGCCCCUGCUGCUUAGGUUCAGGAAUCCAGCAGCUCCCAAGCAGCAUAGUUAAAAAGCUCUACCCAAACAGUCACGUCUUGGUGAAAGUACAGAAUCUCAUGACAAAGAGAUCUUAAAAGAAGGCAGAAAAGAAAGAGAUUAUCUGGAAAGAAGAAAAUAAGUAGUUGAUUAAAAGCAACAGUGGAAGCCAGAAAGAUAGUAAAUAAUAUCUUCAAAGUCCUGGGAGAAAAUAGUGAUAGCCUAGAAUUGUGUACCCAGAAAAUCUGUCUUUCAAGAAUGAGGGGCCAGGCGCAGUGGCUCACGUCUGUAUUCCCAGCACUUUGGGAGGCCAAGGCAGUUGGAUCACCUGAGGUCAGGAGUUCAAGACCAGCCUGAUCAACAUGGUGAAACCCUGUCUCUACUAAAAAUACAAAAAUUAGCUGGGUGUGGUGGCAUAUGCCUGUAAUCCCAGCUACUCGGGAGGCUGAGGCAGGAGAAUCACUUGAACCUGGGAGGCAGAGGUUGCAGUGAGCCAAGAUUGUGCCAUUGCACUCCAGCCUGGGCAAUAGAAUGAGACUCUGUCUCAAAAAAGAAAAAAAAAAAAGAGGGCUAAACGCAUUUUCAUACCACGAAACUGCCCUCACUCCAGAGUUUGCUGCCAGCAGAGCCUAGAGCGUCUAAGGCAUGUCUGGGCUUCUGGCGAGGGAUCCUCUGGGGAAGCUGGAGAUGGAAGGAGUGAAUAGGCAGGAAGGUGGAUUUGUGGGCAUGUCUAAAACACCACAUCUAGAAGCUUCUACUUAGAAUGCCUACUUUUGGAGUUUAUAAAAAAGAUGCCACAUGUUGAGUUGGGAGAGAGGUGCCCAAACCUACAGUGUUCUAAAGUCCCCCUACUGGUCGGAAGGAGGGCACUUACACUGACUUCAGCAUCUGUUACAAGGCUUAUCAAAGUUUUCAGAUAAUCUCUAAAAGAAUGGAAAUAUAUCUUCCAAACUAUAGAGGGAAGACCAUGGAAUUUAAAAGCCAGUCCUUCAAGGAGAAAUGAACAAACUCAAAAUCGUAGUUGGGAGUGUUUUUUUUUUUUUUCUCUGAGACAGGGUCUCACUCUUGCCCAGGCUGGAGUGGAGUGGCAUAAACACAGCUCACUACAGCCUCAACCUCCUGGGCUCAGAUGAUCCUCCUGCCUCAGCCUCCUGAGUAGCAGGAACUACAGGUGUGAGUCAUCACACUCAGCUAAUUUUUUUUUUUUUUUUUUUUUUUACUUUUUGUAGAGAUGGGGGUCUCACUGCGUUGCCCAGGCUGGUCUUGAAUUUCUGGGCUCAGGUGAUCUUCCCACCUCAGCCUCCUGAGUAGCUGGGACCACAGGUGCAUGCUAAUUUUUAAAAUUUUUUGUUUUUAAAUGCUGGUCUUCAACUCUUGUCCCCAAGUAGCUGGGACUGGGGCAUGAGGCACUGUGCUAACUUCAUGUUGAAAUUGAAUUGCCGAGUGCUCAAUGGCGCCCAGGCUGGAGUGCGGUGGCGUGAUCUCGGCUUGCUACAACCUCCACCUCCCAGCCGCCUCCCAAAGUGCCGAGAUUGCAGCCUCUGCCCGGCCGUCACCCCGUCUGGGAAGUGAGGAGCGUCUCUGCCUGGCCGCCCAUCGUCUGGGAUGUGAGGAGCCCCUCUGCCUGGCUGCCCAGUCUGGAAAGUGAGGAGCGUCUCUGCCCGGCCGCCAUCCCAUCUGGGAAGUGAGGAGCGCCUCUUCCCGGCCGCCAUCACAUCUAGGAAGUGAGGAGCGUCUCUACCCGGCUGCCCAUCGUCUGGGAUGUGGGGAGCACCUCUGCCCCGCCGCCCCAUCUGGGAUGUGAGGAGCGCCUUUGCCCGGCCGCCACCCCGUCUGGGAGGUGAGGAGCGUCUCUGCCCGGCCGCCCCGUCUGAGAAGUGAGGAGACCCUCCGCCCGGCAGCCGCCCGGUAUGAGAAGUGAGGAGCCUCUCCGCCCAGCAGCCGCCCCGUCUGAGAAGUGAGGAGCCUCUCCACCUGGCAGCCACCCCGUCUGGGAAGUGAGGAGCGUCUCCGCCCGGCAGCCACCCCGUCCGGGAGGGAGGUGGGGGGGGGUCAGCCCCCCGCCAGGCCAGCUGCCACGUCCGGGAGGGAGGUGGGGGGGUCAGCCCCCUGCCCGGCCAGCCGCCCCGUCCGGGAGGGAGGUGGGGGGGGUCAGCCCCCAGCCCGGCCAGCUGCCCCGUCCGGGAGGUGAGGGGCGCCUCUGCCCGGCCACCCCUACUGGGAAGUGAGGAGCCCCUCUGCCUGGCCAGCCGCCCCGUCCGGGAGGGAGGUGGGGGGGUCAGCCCCCCGCCCGGCCAGCCGCCCCGUCCGGGAGGUGAGGGGCGCCUCUGCCCGGCCGCCCCUACUGGGAAGUGAGGAGCCCCUCUGCCCGGCCAGCCGCCCCGUCCGGGAGGGAGGUGGGGGGGUCAGCCCCCCACCCGGCCAGCCGCCCCGUCCGGGAGGGAGGUGGGGGGGUCAGCCCCCCGCCCGGCCAGCCGCCCCGUCCGGCAGGGAGGUGGGGGGUCAGCCCCCCGCCCGGCCAGCCGCCCCAUCCGGGAGGUGAGGGGCGCCUCUGCCCGGCCGCCCCUACUGGGAAGUGAGGAGCCCCUCUGCCCGGCCACCACCCCGUCUAGGAGGUGUGCCCAACAGCUCAUUGAGAACGGGCCAGGAUGACAAUGGCGGCUUUGUGGAAUAGAAAGGGGGGGAAAGGUGGGGAAAAGAUUGAGAAAUCGGAUGGUUGCCGUGUCUGUGUAGAAAGAAGUAGACAUGGGAGACUUUUCAUUUUGUUCUGUACUAAGAAAAAUUUUUCUGCCUUGGGAUCCUGUUGAUCUGUGACCUUACCCCCAACCCUGUGCUCUCUGAAACAUGUGCUGUGUCCACUCAGAGUUAAAUGGAUUAAGGGCGGUGCAAGAUGUGCUUUGUUAAACAGAUGCUUGAAGGCAGCAUGCUCAUUAAGAGUCAUCACCGGCCGGGCGCGGUGGCUCACGCCUGUAAUCCCAGCACUUUGGGAGGCCGAGGCGGGCGGAUCACGAGGUCAGGAGAUCGAGACCAUCCUGGCUAACACGGUGAAACCCCGUCUCUACUAAAAAAAAUACAAAAAAUUAGCCGGGCGUGGUAGCGGGCGCCUGUAGUCCCAGCUACUCGGGAGGCUGAGGCAGGAGAAUGGCGUGAACCCGGGAGGCGGAGCUUGCAGUGAGCCAAGAUCGCGCCACUGCACUCCAGCCUGGGCGACAGAGCGAGACUCCGUCUCAAAAAAAAAAAAAAAAAAAAAAAGAGUCAUCACCACUCCCUAAUCUCAAGUACCCAGGGACACAAACGCUGCGGAAGGCCGCAGGGUCCUCUGCCUAGGAAAACCAGAGACCUUUGUUCACUUGUUUAUCUGCUGACCUUCCCUCCGCUAUUGUCCUAUGACCCUGCCAAAUCCCCCUCUGUGAGAAACACCCAAGAAUGAUCAAUAAAAAAAAAAAAAAAAGAAA